GAAUCUUUUAUUCACUGUUUAAAAUUACACAACAAUCAAAUGCACAAUUUAUUACUGCUCUUUUGCGAUUCAACUCACUCACGCUCUGAGUCGAAUCAUUAGUCGACUCUUUUUUCAGAUUCAACUCACAAACUCUCUGAGUCUAAUAGUGCCUAAUUUUAUAAAUUGUUAUUCUUCUUACUCUAAAUCCGUCUGAGUAUAAGCCCAACAGUUUGAUGGAUAAAAAGUAGUAAAAAAACAUAAUAAAAAAUUAAUUAUAUUUAAAGAUGAGAAUGUUUUGCUGUCACUGGUAUCUAUAACCAGUUACUCUGUUAUGAAUUAGUACUCAGUUACAAAAAAUAGAACGACUAGUUUUUUGUUGUCGUUCUUUUAAACUCACUAAAUCACUUCAUUCCGACAACCAGUUACUUGUUAUUGUUACUUACUUAGUGUUAAUAAAUCUUGCCUGCUACAGACAAGCAGUUACUGUUAAUAGUUACUUUUACCCUUUGCGCUCAUUCCACACUGUUAUUUUCAGGCCGUUAUACAUGCUAAAAUACGGUUCUUGUAUCUAGUUCCUCUUACUAGCUACUCUUUCCAGUAACAUGUAUUUUUUUAUUAUUACUGCUUACUUUCAAUCAUUCCUUUUUUUCCGAAGACCAGUUAGUAGAAUCUAAUUGCUCUUAUUAGCUACUCAUCGAAAGGUACCAUUCGGUACUUUUUGUAUUUUUUAAACGGCCAUCUCUAAUUCAUUCGUAGCAUUCAACUCACUCGCCCUCACGCGUAGCGCACAUCUCUAGGGCAUAAAUAUUUUAUAAAUUAUUCAUAACAAAUACACACACACACACACACAUUCUAUUGCUAUAGGCUACAUUAGAAAUACUUCAAACAACCUAACCUUCAGCCAGUAAACACAAACACUGCCCCGACAUGAAAAAACCUUUGAGCAAUUGGAGAUAACGAGCACAGUUGCAUUCGCAACCAAAACUCUCACACGAUCCGUUCUUGUGAGUGUGUGUGUACCAUGCAUCUGGCAACAUCUUAUGCUGCCCGUUAGAGCUAUGCGUACUAGCCCCCUUCCCUACCGUUGCUGCUUUCUCCCACCCAAAAGCUCCCCCUUUAAGGGUGAAAAAAAAAACCUAAAUGCGCGGCGCAAAUCCCUGCCACUCCGGGGGUCACACUCCGGCCACUCCCCGAUCGCCAUGCAGUUCCACGCAAACGGUUGCGCCGCCGUUCUGUUUUCAGUCGCAACGCAAGUGCCACACUUUGCGGGCUGCAAUCGAUCGAACUAAGUGCACGUUUGGAGGAGUGUUUCGUUUGUUUGAGUUGUAAUUUUAAGUUGGUUUUUUGUGUUGUUUGGAGCUUUUAGUUGCUGUUGCCAAAACACAAUGUCCGCUUCAGUUCGAGCCAGCGCGUCCUGCUGGUGGGCAGUGAUCUGUCUUUUGCUGCUGGUUGUCGGAUGCGUCCUGUCCAUGCCCGCGCAAGAGGACACCCGGGUGGACAAACCGCUCGGCGGAGUGCCGGACGCUGGCAGUGUGCAUGAGGAGGUCGUCGUUGCAGCCGCACUGUACGUGCGCAAGAAGGAUCCUACUACGCUGCGACGGCAGAAGCGUGAAAUACGGAAUAAUCACGUAACGGUUCAGCACGGCACGUCACACACGAACCGGUUCGAUGGGGCAGGCACUGGCAAAAGGGAACCGUUUUUGGGCAAGCAGCACGAAAAGGUACUGACCAACUGGAAGAACGACAACGGAGCGGCGUCAUCAAAAGUGGGCCUCCGCAAGGAGUAGGCAGUGUUUGUUCGUGUGAGGGGAGAAGAAAGUUGUGAAGUUGGGUUUUACUUGUUAUUAUUGUUGUUUCUUUUGCCAUCAAUCAUUCCGAUCAAGCUCGUACGCAAAUCAAUCAAGUCAUAGAUUAUUGCAAAACAGUGAACCUUUGACUAGUUUCCCAGGUUUUUGUGAGGUCCGUUACCAGUGGAUCAAGCGACGAACAACUCUUUCAUGUCGAACCGACACAAUGAAUUUCCCGUUUAUUUGCACGAGACAGAAAGAGAGAGAGAUGAAAGAUAGUUCGUUGCUGUAUGUAAAUUAGAACGAACGUAGUGUAAUAGAGCGUAAGGUAUAUGUAGCUACAUGGGGUAGAAUUAUACUUCGCAAAAAAAGGUUUAAUAAACUUGAGUUGUACUGAACGAUCA